AUGCCUCGGGUGGAAGUAAAACGGCUAACCGACGAGGCUAUAGAAGCCUACAACAGUGAGGAUCAAAUUCGGUUAUCAACUACAAAAGAGCGGUAUCGAAAUUUAUUGAAAACUCCUCCCGCCAAACGGACGAAAAGCCUCAAAAGUGUAAGGGAUGCAACUUAUAAAGAUGAGGUCUGCACAUCAUGUUUUACGCUUCUUCACAAAUUUCCGAACCACGAGAAGGAACUAAAUAGUCUAAAAAUGGAGAUGGAGGAAUUGAAGAAAUCUCUUCGCCUUCUCCUUAAAGAGGACAAAACGGUGAUGUCUGAAUUUGAGAGAAACAAGCAGACGAGCGUGAAUGUAGAAUCCCAGACCAUAGCAUCUACUGAGGAAAGUGAACAGACACCGUCAACCCGGGCCGAGAAACUGGUAGCUUCCAUUUCGAAACCCCCUGAUGCCGCGCGAACCAGCGCUCCCACUAAACAACACGCUCAAAACUGGGGAGAAGUAAUCUUUACUGCUUCUGGAAGGAGACUUUAUAAGUCCACUUUCUAG